AUGGCUCAAGAGCUUAAAGAUAUACAGAAGGAAGUCAUUCAGUCUCGUGUAAAGACAUGGGAGACCAAACAAAAAGCAAAAGUUGAUAACAAGGCUGACAAAAUGAUAGCCAUCAACGAGGAGAAAAAGAACGCAAGUGAAAUAGACCUGGAGGCCUUGGGGAAGAAGAUUGAGACAAAAGUUGAGAAGCUAAGACAUAAGGAACUGGAAAAAAUGAAGAACAAAGAAGCUCACUCGAUCAAGGUCACAGAAGACACCAAGGUCAAAAUUGAAGCAAAACGCACCCAUGGACUUCAGAAAGUUGAAAAGAAGGCUGAAAAAUUUCGUGGCAGCAAUUCUUUGCCAACCAAGUGUUUUGGUGUUUGUGUAGACGAGUGA